AUGGCGGUUUGUGAGUUCUUUCAGAGGACAGGGGAAAAUCCAACCCACAGCAAGAAGCAGCUGGACAGGUUGAGACACGACGUUGCUGCUGUAGCUGGCGAUCAUGAGUGGACCAUCCUGUAUCCCGGAGAGGACAAAACUGUUGCAGGGUCUUCAUCCAUGCAUGAUAGCACACGUCCAUCAAUCAUUCUUUUCUGGAUCCAGAUGUCGCUCCGCAAGAUCGCAGACCACCAAGCAGUGGAAACCGACAUCAUGGCACACUUGUUAGGUCAAGUGGAUGAUGUCGGUGCCAACUUCUGGAACAUGGACAAGAUUGACAAAACACAGUUUCCGUUUCCAUACUGCCAGAUCGUUAAGUGGCUGACCAUUGUUUUCCUAGGAAUGCUUCCGUUCAGCUUAGCCCAAGUCUGCGGGUGGUGGACUUUGGGCUUCUCAGCAAUCGCCACCAUCGGCUUUUUCGGGCUAGAUAAGGUGGCUGAAAUACUGGAGUCACCACUUGGAAAUGAUCCAAACGACUUGGACCUUCGAGAUUAUGGUGAAACCUUGCUGUCAGAUAUGGAGCUCAUAUCUCGUUGCCGCGAUGUCCAGUUGGACUUCGUCUUCAAACAGCAUGAGCAUGUUGACUUCUCUCAUCUCCUGACCUCAUUCGACAAGGAUCAGAAAUUUCAUCAGAGCUUUUGA